AUGGGGGCUGCAAAGAAGAAUAAGAGUAAGAAAAGGAAAGGCGUAGUUGGAUUUGACGAAGAAAUGGUGAAAAAGGAGGACGCCAAGGUCAUAUUGGACCAAACUUUCAACAACAAAGUUAUUGAUAACCCACCCAGUGAGGGUAUAAGAGAGACAGUUGGUAUGAAACAAAUACAAAGAAGGAAAAAAGGCAUCAAAAAUGAUGCUGAAACCAAUGUUAGUACUAUGAAUAACAUGGAAAGUGAAGUUGGUGAAGAAUUUACAAGGAAAAAAAAUAGGAAACAAAAUAAAAAAGUAAAGAAAAGUGAUACUGACUGUGAGGAUGGUUCACCUUCGCAAAAUGGACCUGAACACAAAGCCCCAAAUAAGGUAAAUAAAAAGAAACAUGAUGCAUUCAACAUAGAAAAUGGAGCCACUGAUGAUGUAUCUCCAAAGAAGAAGAGGAAGGAGAUAGAAAACUCUGUACCACAAGAAGAUAAUGAUGUAGAUGGUACUGAGCCCAUAGUUGAGAAGAAAGAAUCAAUAAGAGCUCAGAAACGUAGAAAACAUGCUGAACUUUUAAGCCAGAAAAAGAUGAAAGCUGAAUUAAAAAUGCAACAAAGUGCUUUGAACUAUUUAUCAAAAUGGAAACAUAGUAGGUCAGACUGGAAGUUUGAAAAAUUGAAACAGAUAUGGCUGCAACAAAAUUUGUAUGAUGAGGCAAACAUUCCCAAAGAGUUUUGGGAGGUAACAGUGGAAUACUUUGCUGGGUCAAAAGGUUCUACAAGAGAUACCAUUUUGAAGGAAGCAGUGAAGAUAAUAGAAAAAGAGGAGCAGUCAGAGGAAAGUAAUGAUGAUGAGGAUUACCAGAUGAAGCUUCAGAGGGCAAGAGAUAUCAUCCAGUAUCUUCAGGAGUGAGAGAUGAUAGGUUUUUGUUUUCAACUUUUUGUCUGAGGUAUCAUUUUCCAUCAAGUUUUUUAUUAUAUAUUUAUUGAAUAUGUUGAUAAUAUAUGUUUUGGUAAAUCAUACUGAUUUUUGCUAUAUUCAGUUUGUUAUCAUAGCAUCCUUGAAAUCAGUAGUAGCAUAAUAACCUCUGUUUACUAUUUACUUUUUUUGCUAUCAUAUAUGUGAAGUUCAUUUGGAAAUGUCCAUAAAAGCCAUUAUAAUAUAAUCAUAAUACAGUGCAACCUACUUAUAAUGGACUUGGCGGGACUGUGACAAAUAGUCUAUUAUAGGUGGAUGACCAUCUUGAAAGAAACACUAUUUUUUGAUGAAAAAAGCAGCAGAAAUAACAUAUCAAAAGCUUAAAAUGUGUUUGUUUAACAUGUAUUACAUAAAUAAAGAUACAUACAAAAAGUUAUAUGUAAUUUUGAAAUUUGCAUUUUUUCAGAAUCUGAUACACAUAUUAGGUAUUAGGCAGGUAUGUGUAAAAACCAUAAAGUAUUUGGUAAAAAAGCUAGUAAUUUUCAUUUGAACAGGUUGUUUUUUUUGUAUAAUUAUUUAGAACAGCAAGUUGAAUUUUAUAAG